CUCUAGGACCAUGAGGAGCGCUGUCGGCGAGCACAUGCUUGGGUGCGCUCACAAGACAACACUUCUCUCCACAGUAAUUGGCCGGGAAUUGAUGCCAUUCUUGUGUUAUUAAAUCGUUUUGGAUCGUUUCCGUCUCUCGGUGUACGCGUAUUGCUCGCUUCCCCCCGUAGUUUAAUCACUUUUACGCACGACGGGUGCCCCGAAACACCUCCAUGAAUGAAUGGGGACGGUGCUGCGGGUUGGAUACGCGCUCUCCUGGAUUAACGGUCUCCUCCUGCUCCUCUUGAUCAUAUUUCAGGAAGUCAUCGGGACCGUGCACAUCAGCUGUUGAGUCGUGCCUCUGUUAUGGUUGUGUUGCAGUGAAACAUUUCGUCCAGACCUGUUCACGUUUCGCUCGGAACCAUGAACUGGCACGGUCGCUGGAGCCUCAAGUUUGCGUUUCUGACAGCGAUGCACGCCUUGUUGUCAUCGGCGUCCUCGCUGCUGCACGCCGUGGAUGAUGUGCGCUCGGAACCCUUGCAAGGAAAUUCAAUCGGCGCUACCCACGACGACCGAGCGUCAGCCGGGCAGAAGCGCCACGGGACCACGGUGCCCCGUCUGCUGAUUGGACGGGACUGGGGACCAAUCGGCUCGCUUCAUUUCCAGGGCCACCCGGCUGCACUGAGGCUCCUGAUUGAAGUGGAAGGUGAACAGCUGCUUCUGACUCUCCAGAAAAAUGAGGGCCUGUUCGCCGGCCACUACACCGAGACGCACUACCUGGCGGACGGCAGGGCCGUCUCCAGCUCCCACAACUCCACGACAAACUGCUACUACCACGGUGAAGUGGAGGGCCAGGCUAACUCGGACGUCAGCCUCAGCACCUGCACUGGGAUCAGAGGCCUCAUCUCGCUGGGAGAGGCUGCGUACGUUCUGGAGCCCUCACCGGACCGCUACGACGGCACCCAUCGGGUCUACCGCGCAGAACACCUGGCGCUCCCCGCGGGCUCCUGCGGGCACCACCUGAACCUGUCCAGCCCCACCGGAGCACCGCCACACCACAGCCCUCGCCCGACGGAGGACAGCCCGGUCAGGGACUCCGGCAGCAGGCGUAAGCGUGACACCCAGCCCACCACCAAGUACGUGGAGCUGAUCAUCGUGGCCGACAACAGAGAGUUCCAGAAACAGGGGAAGGACAUGGACAAGGUGAAGCAGCGCCUGGCUGAGAUCGCCAACCACGUGGACAAGUUCUACAGGGCCCUGAACAUCCGGGUGGCCCUCGUGGGCCUGGAGGUGUGGAGCGACGCGGACAAGUGCCCCGUGUCCCAGGACCCCUUCACCACGCUGCACGAGUUCCUGGACUGGAGGAAGGCCAAGCUUCUGCCCCAGAGGCCCCACGACAACGCCCAGCUCAUCAGUGGGGUGUACUUCCAGGGUACCACUAUUGGCAUGGCGCCCAUCAUGAGCAUGUGCACUGCCGAACAGUCCGGGGGCAUCGUCAUGGACCACUCGGACAACCCCCUGGGCGCCGCCGUCACCCUCGCCCACGAGCUCGGACACAACUUCGGCAUGAACCACGACACGCCAGAGCGGGGCUGCGGUUGCCGUGUGACGGCCGACCGGGGGGGCUGCAUCAUGACCCCCUCCACCGGGUGAGUUCCAACGAGUUGCCUUGA